UUUUCUGCCAGUCCUGCACCCCCCACCCAUUCCCCUAUUCUUGAAAUUCCUUUCCCUUUUUCUACGCCCCGAUGCGUCAGCAGCCCACAUGCUUAACAUAUCGUCGAUUUUCGCGACUUUUUUCUUAAAUUUUCAAAAAUAAGACAAUUCGUAGCUGUUAUUAUUUUUUUGGUUGUUAACAAUUGCAAUUCAGUUUUUUCUUUCUUUUUUUGUCUUUUGUUUCUACUUUUUAAAUUCCUAAUAAAGUUAUUGCUGUCUUUUUUGAUUCUUUCUUGCUUAAUUUUUUAUAUUUACUAAACAUCUUUUUUUGUACUAAACAGAAAAAUAAGCUCUCAAAAAAUACACCCUCCUUUCAUUUUUCUUAAUUCAUUUUUUUACAUUUUGUACAAUGGGCCAGACACUUUCGGAGCCAGUUAUUGACAAGCAUUCCACCACCGGUGGCGACGAGCGGUACCUCUACGGUGCCUCGGCCAUGCAAGGCUGGCGAAUCUCUAUGGAGGACGCUCACACCACUCUGCUCAAGCUGGGCCCUAACGGCGAGUCGGCCUUUUUGCUGUCUACGACGGCCACGGUGGCCAGACGGCGGCCAAUUCUCGGGGAGAAGGCCUACUCCAGCGGCUACUACGAGGAUGCAAUCAAGAGCGGAUUCCUCUCAGCCGACGCCCACCUGCGGGAAAAGCCCGAGAUGACCAACGACUCAUCCGGGUGCACGGCUGUCGGCGUCCUCCUGACCAAGGACGGAACCGCCUACUGCGGCAACGCUGGCGACUCACGGUGCAUAAUCAGCUCCAAGGGUCGGGCCAUUGCCCUGUCCACGACCACAAGCCCACGGACGAAAUUGAGUUCAACCGCAUCACAUCGGGCGAACAACUCGUCGCUGCCUGCUGAGAAGCAGGUAGUCACCGCCCACCCCGACGUCAUCAAGCACACCAUCACUGCCGACGAUGAGUUCAUUGUUGUUGCCUGCGACGGCAUCUGGGACUGCAUGACUAACCAGCAGGUUGCCCAGUUUGUCCAUGCCAAGGUGGUUGAGGGCAAGAAGCUUGACCAGAUCUGCGAGGACAUGAUGGACCGGUGUCUGGCUUCGGAGAGCGAGCUCGGCGGUGUUGGCUGCGACAACAUGACCGUAGUCAUCGUUGCCAUCCUUAACGGCAAGACUGAGGAGGAGUGGUACGCACAUGUCAAGAAUGUCGCCGAGGAGACCAACAUGAAGUCGUCACCGACACUCAAGAAAGACUAUGAGCGCAACUUUGAGGUCUCAGACCUUGAUAUUGAUGCCGAUGGCACGACGAGCGCUAUUAUCAAGCAGGCCCUGCAGAGUGACGAGGAGGAGGCUGCCGGCGUCGAUAUCCGCGCUGAUGCCCUGGAAGGCAAUGUUGCCGCUGCCGCCGCUGCUGCUGUUGCUAAGAAGUCCGAGGACAAUUAG